AUGGAUGACAGUGAAUUUCCUGUUGAUGAAGAUGCUCUUGACGAAACUUUUAAACGCGCGGCCGAUUUUGUUACGUACAAUGCAUCCGUGAUGCAACAAGACGAUUUACUAUUCCUUUAUGGCCGAUACAAGCAGGCUCUUCACGGGAAAUGUAAUGAGCCUAUGCCGGGAAUUUUGAAAUUUAGAAAUCGCAGCAAAUGGAAUUCUUGGAAUGCCUUAGGUGACUUGUCAAAAACCGAAGCGAUGAAACAAUAUGUCGAAAAAGUUUCACAGAUAAGCCCCGACUGGGAUUCCGCAAAACCCAAAGAUUCCGGCAGCAAAAGACAAUUCGGGCCAGUAACCAGCAUUUGUUUGAAAACAGACCCAGAAUUAAAGGAAGAAUCGAAAACUGUAUUUGAUUUUGUGAAAGAAGGUAAUUUAGAGCAAAUAAAGAAGAUGAUAACAAUUGAUCCUACGGUCAAAGAUUGUACUGAUGAUGAUGGUCUAUCUCUUUUGCACUGGGCUUGUGAUCGCGGAUAUAAUAACAUUGUUUCAUUUUUGAUAUCAAUUGGAAUAAAUGUUGACUCUCUGGACAAGGAUGGACAAGCACCUUUGCACUAUGCAUCUUCAUGUGGUCAUGAAGAAGUUGUGAAAAUGUUGUUGAAACACAGAGCUAAUAUUAAUAUAUUUGAUUCUGAUGGUUUAUCGCCUGCUGAUGUGGCAUAUAGUACUACCAUAAAAGAUAUUUUAUCUGCUGAUAAUGUUUAAAUAUAUGCAUAAAUAUUACUUGAAUUAGAAUGGACGUC